CAGCACUAGGUACCUUAGGUAAGGUAGGUACAGGUACCUAGGUAUGGGAAGGUUAAAAAGAGUGCCUGAGUACCUUGUCCCACCUAUAGGAGGUACUUUCUUAACACCAGGUACAUUCUUCGUGACCAAUAAGUGACGUGAUCACCGGUCCCUGCGGUCAGAUGUGUAUUAGCGCGCAACCGUAUCACGACUGAAGAGGAAAAGAAAAAGAAAAAAAAGAAAAAAAAAAAAGCCGUUGCACCUUUAAACGCGAGAUCGACCUCCAUCACCUGCCGGGUUAGAAACAUCCUUCGUGCCACCCUAGCACAUGCCCCCCUUGGGUAUCGCACGUCGUUGAGUUCAGUCAUAACCAACAGACACCUGACAUAGUCUACGCCUGAAGUCUACGCCUGACAGACGACCCGACCUAUACACGCCUCGAAAUCCCUUUUAAAUACCAAAACGCGAGCCGGUGCUAACCCCUCGGGGUCCCUUCCUAUCACCAUGUCAAAAGCAACUUCUCUAGCACUCGUCGCUGCUCUCAGUGCUGGCAGCGGCGCAGCUCUUACCGCAGCCAUGUAUUCUCUUCGACCCUCAACACAUACAGAGCCCAAGACGGCCACCACACCUGCACCAACUACUCUUGCUUCAACAUCGCCCGUCCCGGUCCAAGCAAACCAGAUCUUCUCGAACUCCGCUUCUCCAACACCCGCCGUUCCCUCACAGUCGUCCACGCCGGUCAACCCGUCCACAGGCCCACCCGUCGAUCCGGCCGGCUUCUUCGAGUACGGCUUCCCUGGCCCGCACGCCGACCUCGCGACCCGAGCCGCCCUCAUCUCCUCCUACGACCGCCGCACCCGCAACCCGCACUGGGUAGUCGAGCACAUAACGCCGGCCUCCCUGGCCCUCCGCGGCGGCGACCGCAAGCACUCCAGCUUCCUGGAGGACCCGACCGUCCCGGAAAAGUUCCAGGCCAAGCUCCGCGACUACUUCCGCUCGGGCUACGACCGCGGCCACCAGGUCCCCGCCGCCGACGCGAAGUGGUCCCAGCAGGCCAUGGACGGCACCUUCUACCUGACCAACAUGUGCCCGCAGGUCGGCGACGGCUUCAACCGCGACUACUGGGCCCAUUUCGAGGACUUUUGCCGCCGCCUCACCACCAGGUACCCCAGCGUCCGCAUCGCCACGGGGCCCCUCUACCUGCCCAAGCGCGACCCGACCGACGGCAAGUGGUACACCCGCUACGAGGUCAUCGGGAACCCGCCCAACAUCGCCGUGCCGACGCAUUUCUACAAGGUCAUCUUCGCCGAGGACGGCCGCGUCGGCGGGCCCGUCGCCAUCGGUGCCUUCGUGCUCCCCAACGCCCCGAUCCCCAACGAUAAGCCGCUCUCCGACUUUGAGAUGCCCCUUGAGGCCGUCGAGCGCGCUACGGGCCUCGAGUUCGCGUCGAGAUUGCCCCCGCAGCGCCGUCGUCGCCUGUGCGCCGAUGCCAACUGCGCUAUUGUCGUCCGCGAGUUUGGCCAGAAGGCUGGUAAUAAGGGCAAGGGCUCCAGCUCUUAGGCUGUGCGCCUAGGCGGUGGCCCGGGGAGAUGGGGUGGUUAUGUCUCUUGCGCCGCCUCAGGGCCAUUGGAGAGGACGGGUUGUACUAUAUUGAGGCAUUCGGCGGACGGAGCCAUUCCUUGGCUAACGGAUGUAUUCUUUGAUUUUCUUUCCUCACCUUUUCGCCCUUUUCCCCUCCCUACACCCGAUGCAUCUUCCCUCGACUGUACAUUGUACUCCGUUUCUGUCGAUCCCCUUCCUUUUCCCCUUUUACCCCAUGAGCAAACGGUUCGCUAGACGAAUUUGCAUCAAGGAUCUUUUAUUUGUUUAACAGGGGGCAUCAUCCAUGUAAAGUUAGACAUUUUUUGCGUAGCGCAAGCGUGCAUGCACCAUAUGAGUAGCUCAUGUCAUCAGCCACUCAUCACAAUGUAGAAAGUACAAUAUAUGUGCGUACACGUGAGCAGGUAAGGCGGGUGAAGCAAUAAACCCAGCAUUUCUUCUUCCCCAGCGUC